CAGUUGCGGAGAAUGAGCAUUGAACUUGAAGGGUGAAAGGGCGGCAGCUAUACUAUCCUAAGAAAAGCGUUGCUGGUCUGGCGCCAUCUGAGUUUGAUUUUUGAACGUUGCUUUUCAUGCUGCAUUCAGUCUAACGAGGGUAGAACGCAAGGCACGAGUGGCGAGAACCGGGUUGUUGAGCGGAGCGGAGAGCAGGAUGGCGAAAAACAAGUAUUCCGUCCUGCUUCCGACAUACAACGAGAGGCAGAACAUUGCAAUUGUGACGUAUCUGAUCGUGGAGGCUUUCUGCCGCUUAAAUGUCGAUUUUGAGGUGGUCAUAAUUGACGAUAACAGCCCGGACGGCACUCAAGAGGUGGUCAAACAGUUGCAGGCGCACUACGGGGCGGACAAGAUACUACUGAGACCGCGGGCUGGAAAGCUGGGUCUGGGGUCUGCGUAUGUUCACGGCUUGAAACACACGACGGGGAACUUUGUGUUUCUGAUGGACGCGGACCUAUCGCACCACCCAAAGUAUAUACCAGACUUUAUUCAGAAGCAGCAGGAGACGGGGGCUGAUGUUGUGACCGGGACGCGGUACGGAGGGGGCAAAGGAGGAGUCCAUGGCUGGGAUCUGCGGCGGAAGUUGACGAGCAGGGGCGCCAACUUCCUCGCCAUGACGCUGCUGAAUCCGCAAGUCUCCGAUCUGACGGGCUCCUUUAGAUUAUACAAAAAGCCAGUCCUCGAGAAGCUGAUGAGUAUGGUCGUUUCGAAAGGGUACGUUUUCCAGAUGGAGAUCAUCGUACGGGCUCGACGAGCAGGGUUUCACAUAGAAGAGGUACCCAUCACCUUCGUCGACAGAGUUUAUGGUAUCUCAAAACUCGGAGGUUCAGAGAUCGCGCAAUACCUCAAGGGCCUCUUGUUUUUGUUCUUUACAACAUGAUGAACAUUGUUUCGUGUUUUUCCGCUGCGUCCACUGCUUUUUGGGCAUCAUCAGGUGAUCAUUGUACGCCCAUAGGUCUUGUAGUACGAGUUGCAUUGAAUCCUGGCUGCCAGUCUAGCGAAUCAUCGCGCUCUAAAACUCAUGCACGUGUGAUGUCUCUUAUUAUGUUGGUCCAAGAGCUAUCAUAUCUCUCAGGUCACGAC